CGCCGCCGCCGCCGCCGCCGCCGCCUCCCUCCCGCAGCAGCUGCUUGACCGUGGAGCCUCGGGCGAUGCUGCCGCCCUCUUGCCCGCCACAUGCUCGAGGAAAUGCCUCGGAUGUGCAGAUCCCAAGAAACGCUAGGACUAGGCGCUUUGCGGGGUCCCUUUUAGCUCCCCUCUAACGGUUUGUGGCUCCUGGUUUUGGCGUGCUUUGUUUUCCCGUGAUUUGUGGUGUGUAAUUUGGUACAGGGUCUACUGUGAAAUCAAGAAGUUGCUAGGUUUGGGCCUCCUCGGCAGUUGUUUUUUCGUGGUUUUUGCUGCUUUUAUGGGAGUUCCCGUCGCGCGGAAGUCCGAUUCUUGGGUGACCGACCUUGCGAUGACGGACUGCGGCGGCGGCGACCGCUCCGACCUCGGCGUCCGGCCUAUUAACGGUGGCCGAGGUGCCCCCAUGGAGCAGCGUGGUGACGGGUUGGACGGGGCUCCGAUGUCCCCACCGGAGCGUGUCCCGACACCGUCUUCCUCGAGGUCUGCUGGGUGGCGGCGUUUCUCCUCACCUGGUCCUCUCCGAUGCUCAACGCCAGGGAGUAUUGGUUAUGAAGACGGCGAGGACUCAGACCGAGGCCGGUAUUUCUCCCCGGGCAGUGAGUUUUCUCAAGAUACUUCUGAUACGGAUUCCGUGAGCACAAAUAUUAGUAGGCUGUACACAUUCAGGUUGGGAAAUUCGAGCCCGUUAUAUAGUCCUAUGAAACGAUCCGGACAAGUAGGCACAAGUCCUCCCUCCGGGAUAAAUGGUCAUGCCAGCCAAAAUUCUCCUCUAUACUCUUUGAAUUCUGGUCAUGGCUACGAUGAUGGUGAUUAUUUGAUGGAUUCACCCAAUUGCCAUGAUGAACAUCAUGACAAUAUUAUACAGCCAAUUGAUUUUGAGAGUAAUAAUGGACUCAUAUGGCAUCCUCCACCGCCUCAAGAUGAGGGUGAUGACUCCGAAAACAGUUUCUUUCAAUACAAUGACGAUGAUGAUGACAGCGCUAUUGGUGAUGGGAAGACCUUUGAACAUGUUAACCAUGAGUGCGGUGGUAGUGAUGAUUUACCAGGGACCAAAGGAAAACAGAAUAUAGCUCAUAAAGAGUUCUUAAGGAACGCUCUACAUGGGCAUUUCAGGGCUCUUGUGUCCCAAUUGCUCCAAGGUCAUGGAGUUGACCUCGUGGAUGGAUGGUCGGACAUAGUAUCCUUAUUAGCAUGGCAGGCAGCUACCUUUGUGCAGCCAGAUACAAGCAAAGGUGGUAGCAUGGAUCCCACCAACUAUGUCAAAGUUAAAUGUGUAGCGUCAGGGACUCCCAAUGAUAGUACUUUCAUUAAAGGUGUUGUUUGUUCUAAGAAUGUAAAGCAUAAACGCAUGGUGUCAAAGCAUGAGAAUCCUAGAAUUCUUCUUUUGGGAGGAGCACUGGAACAUCAAAAGGUUACAAACAAACUAGCAUCAAUAAACAGCAUUCUUGAACAGGAAAAGGAAUAUCUUAAGAAUGCUGUUGCAAAGAUAGAGGCCCAACGACCUCAUGUCUUGCUGGUUGAAAAGAGCGUGCCGAUGUAUGCUCAACAGCUUCUUGCAAAAGAUAUCUCUUUAGUACUGAAUGUCAAGAGAUCACUUCUAGAACGGAUAUCACGCUGCACAGGUGCUAAAAUUGCUUCAUCCAUUGACAAUGUCACUUCAGCAAGACUUGGACAGUGCCAAGCUUUCUGGAUUGAAAGAGUUGCAGAAUCUUUAGCUCCGAAGGAUAACAGAAAAUCUAUCAAGACACUGAUGUUCUUUGAUGGCUGUCCAAGACGCCUGGGCUGCACGGUCCUCCUAAGGGGCACAUCCUAUGAAGAGUUAAGGAAGGUCAAACUUGCUCUACAGUUUGCUGUAUUUGCAGCAUAUCAACUAUCACUGGAGACUUCAUAUCUUGCAGAUGAGGGUGCAACACUACCAAAGACCCCUUCAGAUCUUCCAGCUCGUCCACUUGAGAAGCAUAUGAAUGGUGGGGAUAUUUCCUCAAGUACUUCUCGGCAGAAUUUGAAUGAUUUUCAAAUCAUUGGUGACAGAACUUCAGAAAAGGGCUGCAUCGUGCCUCUAAAUUUCCUUGAUGGUUCUUCUAAAGUGUUAACUAUCGACCAAUCCCUUUUGAAACCUAACUUUGGUCAGGAAGAAUACAUUCCUGGAACUGAUGACACGUUUUCUCACCCCCCAACAUUGUUUAUCGAUAAUAAUUGUGAAGCACCUCUAGUCAGAAAAGGGACACCAACAGAUUUGCAAUGCCCUGAUGACGUUCAUCGAGAUGAGAGGGUUGGUGGGAUUUAUAGAGUUGAAAGUGAGUUGGACAAUGGUUGCCAUCAUACAUCAGACGAAGAACAUGUAGGAGUAACCGUACCUGAUCAUAACGAGAACCCCACCGAGUAUUUCCCAACAUCCGAUAAUGCACAGAGCAUUUUGGUUUCCUUGUCCAUUGCAUGCCAUCAGAAAAGAAUUGUAUGCAAGCAAUCUCAGCUCUUCCGCAUAAAGUUCUACGGUAAUUUUGAUAAGCCACUUGGGAGGUAUUUUCGUGAAGAUUUAUUUUAUCAGACUUCGUGCUGUGAGUCUUGCAAAGAACCUGCAGAAUCUCAUGUUCAAUGUUAUACUCAUCAACAAGGCAGUCUUUCAAUAGGUGUUAGAAAUCUUGAAUCUGUAAAGCCGUUACCUGGACGGAAUGAUGGGAAGAUAUGGAUGUGGCACAGGUGCCUCCGGUGCAAACAGAAAAAUGGAAACCCUCCGGCAACACACAGAGUAGUGAUGUCUGAUGCGGCAUGUGGACUUUCUUUUGGAAAGUUUCUUGAACUUAGCUUUUCGAAUCACACAACAGCCAAUCGAGUUGCCUGCUGUGGACAUUCCCUCCAGAGGGACUGUCUUCGUUUUUAUGGGUUCGGAAGUAUGGUUGCUGUCUUCCGUUAUUCUCCUGUAGACAUCCUGUCUGUCAACUUGCCACCCUCAGUAUUAGACUUUGCUUGUCCAGUAGCACAAGAUUGGCUCAUCGAGGAGGCUGGUGAUGUAGCCAAUAGGAAGGAUAACUUUUACAGGGUGAUUUCUGACAAUCUUGAGUGCAUUGAAAAGACAGUUUCAGCCCAAGAAGAUGUGAGCAUGAAGUCGGGCUUGUAUAAACAUGUUGUUGAUCUUAAAGAUCUGAUUAAAGUUGAGUGGAAGAAAUAUGACGUUUUGUCGGGGUUUGGUAGCAUACAGAACUUACAAACAAUUGGAGAACCCGUAGAUGUUCUAGAGCUCAACCGCCUGAGGCGAGAGCUUGUACUUGAUGCACACGUAUGGGAUCGCCGUCUGCACAUGAUGCACUCACUCACCAAGAAAAACUGUACUGUGGCAACUGAUGCACAAUGUCCUAAGAAGUUUCCUGAAAGCAUGUUAAAAGAUUCAAAGGCUGAGAUUUCCAGCACACAGGAGAAUAUGGAGAAGUCACUAGAAUAUUCGCAGUCAAGUUCGUUUAUCACAGAUAGUGGGAAGCCAUUGCUCAGAACAGAACAUGGUGACACAACUGCGUCACAUUCUGGAUUGACCAGCAUAGAUGAAGUAUACCACCAGUCUGUUGAAGGCUCUGGUAGUUCUGCUGGUCUCCACAUUGUCCCGCACCCAUGUGAAGUACAGAGCAAUGGGGUGAUGGCUGAUGAACUUAAGCUUGAGAAGACAUUGGAGAAGUCAGAGUCUUCUCCAUCAAAUCUUUCUGAUAGAAUUGACUUGGCAUGGACUGGCUCUGGCGUGGAGACACUUCUAGUCGUACCUACUGCUCUGAUGAAUGGCUCCUCAUACCAUAAUGUUAUGGCUCCAAUUAGAAUUAAAUCAUUUGAUUCUGGAAUCAAUUUCAGAAAUGGGUUAUCACCUGUCGACGAUUCAAAUGUAAACAUAAGAAGAGCUUAUUCCCAAAGGCCUCCUAGGGCGCUUGAGAGAACAGGCAGGGGUUUGUCCCCGACCUUCACAAAUAAGCUGUCACUUCCUGGUAUGGUUGAUGGUGAGGGUCGUUUCCUUCUAUCACAAAGUGUUUCAGAUGUUGUUGUUCCAGUGUAUGAUGAUGAGCCAUCCAGUAUGAUAGCCCAUGCCAUGACUGUUCCAGAAUAUCGUAGUUUCGUGUUGCCAGUGCUGAAUCUGCAUAAUGAAUUGGACAGACCUAGUGUUUUAAGCUCUCUGGAUCAUUUGACGGUUUCUUUUGAGGAUGAAGAUUCAUGUUCUGUGGAUAAGGCAAAAUUUUCUGUAAUAUGUUAUUUUGCAAAGCAAUUUGAUUCAAUCAGAAAAAAGUGUUGUGCAGAUGAACUGGAUUACAUUCGUUCUUUGAGCCGAUGCAAAAGAUGGAGUGCUCAAGGUGGCAAGAGUAAUGUAUACUUUGCCAAGACACUGGAUGACAGAUUUGUCAUAAAGCAAGUGACACGGACGGAACUAGAUUCAUUUGAGGACUACGCAGCUGAGUACUUCAAAUAUAUAACAGAGUCCGUAUCCUCUGGAAGCCCAAUUUGCCUUGCUAAAGUUCUUGGUCUUUACCAGGUCGUUGCCAAGAACUUGAAAGAUGGAAAGGAACUGAGGAUGGAAUUAAUGGUCAUGGAAAACAUAUUUUUCAAGAGGAAGGUAUCAAGAAUAUAUGACCUGAAAGGAUCCCUGCGUUCUCGUUACAACCCUGAUACAUCAGGAAACAACAAGGUUCUCUUAGAUCUCAAUCUAUUAGAGACACUUCAUACAAAACCCAUUUUUCUUGGAAGCAAAGCAAAAAGAAGGUUGGAACGGGCUGUCUGGAACGAUACUUCAUUUCUGGCAUCGGUGGGUGUGAUGGAUUAUUCCCUGUUGGUUGGCAUCGACGAGGAGAAGAAAGAGCUGGUGAUGGGAAUCAUUGACUAUCUCCGGCAGUAUACGUGGGACAAGCAGCUGGAGACCUGGGUGAAGGCGUCGGGGAUUCUAGGGGGCUCCAAGGACGGGAUGCCCACCAUCAUUUCUCCAGACCAGUACAAGAAGAGGUUCAGGAAGGCCAUGUCAAAGUACUUCCUGACUGUCCCCGACCAAUGGUCACCUUGAAUCGUCGUCACUUGAUGCCUGCUGUUAUUUGCCUAUUGGCGUGCAAGAUGGGGUGAUGGCGACUGGGAAGCGGCCCAUUGUUUUCUUCGUUUUUCUUUGGUUUUGUUAGGAUGAUAGUCCAUCGAUCUGCGCCUUUUGUAUGUUAUUUUUGCUCGCAUCAGGCAGGAUUGGGGUCGCUGGAGAGGGGGCGUACGGUAAAGGUUGUCCCCAUCCUGGCAGAGCCUAGGGAUCGAUAUGUGUAUAUUAUAUAUAACAAAUGCUACACUGUAACAUGAAAUGAAAUGCAGAGGAAUUAAAAUGCGUGAGUUUCCUUA